CCUGGCCUGGCUCUCCAGGUCCACAGACUACUCAACUCGGGCCCUUUUACUUUUAUUUUUUCUGUUUUCUCAGCUUUUUCUUCGGAAAAUUAACUAAAAGGAAAAAACAUCUGUUGACCUCAUAUUUCUCAGAUAGAAACUGCCAUAGUCUACUAGAAAUUGCAAACCACGCAGGCAUUUGUCCGGGCAGCAUGGUCUGGCCAGACCUGUUUUACAACUAUAGCCUGUUUUAUUCGUUAUCUUUACUGAUGGAUAGAACAACACAAUUUAAAAUUUGCAGACUGAGCUUUUCCCAUGAAAACACACAUAAUUGCUGCUAAAUUAUGGUUAUGGGAUCCGUGUACAUGUGCUUCAUUCGCAGUCUUUUAUGAAAAUUUCCAUUUCUAAUGCUGGUUUUGUAUUUCCAGAUGCAGAACUUUAAUUAGACUUCAGGUUAAUCUGAGUAGGAAAACAUUAAAUGUUAUAUUACAUAUGAACUUGUAUAAUCACAAUUUGGUUACCGGUUUGUAGACCAAUGGGAGAGCACAGCCUUGAAAUUUGUAUUAGAUUGAUAAUGAGUUAGUUCAGCUCACUUUCGGUUUCAUAAUCUGGAACUUUUGACUUGCAGGUUUGGUAGUUUGUCUUUUAUGGAACAUUGUAGCAGUUUCUUUAGCUUGGAUCAAAGGGGAAGGUCCAACAAUCUGGUUUCUUGCUAUUAUUUACUUUAUAACAGGUGUUCCAGGAGCCUAUUUUCUGUGGUACCGUCCUCUUUAUCGUGCAAUGAGGACUGAUAGUGCUUUGAAGUUUGGAUGGUUCUUCUUGUGUUACCUGUUUCAUCUUGGCUUUUGCAUCUUCGCUAGUGUUGCUCCUCCAAUCAUUUUUAAAGGGAAAUCUUUGACUGGAAUCUUGCCCGCAAUUGACGUUUUAAGUGGAAAUGCUUUGGUUGGGAUAUUCUAUCUUGUUGGAUUCGGAUUCUUCUGCCUUGAAUCCUUGAUUAGCUUAUGGGUCAUGCAGCAAGUGUACAUGUACUUUAGGGGGAGUGGAAAAGCUGCAGAGAUGAGGAGGGAGGCUGCAAGGUCUAGUAUGAUGGCAGCAUUGUGACAUGAUGACAGCAGAGAGGUGAAGGCUAAUCCCGUUGACACGGCUGAACUUUUGAAGUUUUAGAUUAUUAGCAAUUAUUCUUUUAUUCAAGGGAAAUUAAGGUAGAUUUUCUUGAUGAGUUGCAGUUCAAACUUAGUUACAACCAUCUAAGAAUUUCUUGAAUCUCUUUUCAUUUUUGAAAUGGGAAACUCCAACGUUUAACAGUAUUUUUUGUAACUUGCACUUGUUCUCUGAGCCUAAACGUCGGACAUCUAGAGUAAAAGUAUUCUUUUGUGCUUCUUUUUA